AUGCGGGCAAAGACGAGACGCUUCGUGGUGCGAAUCGAGCCAGUUCUCGCGUCGCCUCUUUUCUUCGGGACGCCUCUCAUAGACGACGCGAGCUUCUCCGUCCGGCCCGUCGUCCUCGGCCCGGCCUCGAGUCGAUCCAUCUCCCGUUUCCGCCUCUCUGGGCUCGCAUGCUUCAUGGCCGCCGACGGCAUCCCCGUGCCGCCUCGACGAACCGAACAGCACCGACAGCAUCCCUCGCGGCCGGCCAGCGCGACCCGUUCCGCUCGCUCCCCCAAGCACCGGCGGCGUUCCGAGUCUCCCAUCUACGUGGCGACGGGUCCGCGCAUCUCGCCCGAGGCCGCUCGGGAGGCUCGCCGGCGGCUCUUCGACGCGCUCGAGAGGGGCGAGAGGCAUCCCGGCAUGCGGCGGCCCAUCUCGUGCGCCGACCACCUCAGCGAGCCGCAGCUGGCCAAGUUCUUCGCCGUCCUGCACGCCUGCGGAAGGGCCACCGACGACGAGGCGACGCCGGCCGUCACGCGCCAGAGCAUGGACGGCUUCCUCGACGCCGCCUUCCUCGGCUGGACGAGCGAGACGGCCGGCGAGCUGUUGCGGCCCGAGAUGGACUUUGAGGUAGACGCCGAGGUCGUCGCCGGCAAGAUGUGCCGUGAGUCGGCCCUCCCUGCUCCGCGUCCGAAAGAUUCGUCGUUGACGCUCCGUCCCGAUGUUUGCUCUCCAGUCGCGCCCGACCGCCACGGCGACGUCGCCGCCUGUGCGGGUUCGGGAACCUGCACCGUCGCCGUCUCGGCCACCGCCGCCUACAGCUGCAACCCGGCCAUGGUGAGGCUUGAGUUCUCCAUGGUCGACCCCUUCACCGGCCGACCCGAGACCUUCUGCCCCAUCGGACGCGACGACAUCCGCUGGAUCGAGGCGUCCGACUGGCGACGCACGCUGCGCCAGACGCUGCUGAGCCGCAUGGUGACCAAGAUUCACCGCUUCAACAAGCACCUCGCCAUAUGGCAGGCCCGUCGCCUCAUGGUCGAUUGGAGCAAGGGCGGCGUGUCCAUGGGUCAAGCCGAGGACGACAUGGGCUUCGUCGGCAGGGAGGCAGCCGUCGUGGCCCUCAUGGGCUUUGGAGAGUCGGCCUCGUGA